UGAGGAUGUGAUCAGACUGACUGAGGACUACAGAGGAACAACAAGCUGCUGCUGCUUCUUCUUCCAGAAGUUUCUUCAGUCCAUGAAUCCUGAAAGUGUGUGACGGUGGAGCAGCAGUGAGUUGAACAGGGUUCAUCUCCCACUGAUUAGAAUGAGCCGCUCAGAGGGAGGAGAACCUGCAGGUUCCAGCUGUGUCUUCAUGAAGACGGUCCAAGUCAGAGAUGGACUGGAACCCUUCGAAACCGAACUGGAUCUGCCAAACCCAAAAGAACAGUCUUCAACCUCCAGCUGUGUGUCCAUGAAGAGUGAUCUGUCCAAAAUGGACAAUCCGGACUUCAGCGCUGAAACUAAACCUUUAAUCACAAAAGGUCAGCAGCUCAUUCCAAGAGGACAGUCUUCAACCUCCAGCUGUGUGUCCAUGAAGAGUGAUCUGUCCAAAAUGGACAAUCCGGACUUCAGCGCAGAAACUAAACCGUCAUUCACAAAAGGUCAGCACCUCACUCAGACAGUCCAGCCUGUUUCCAUGAGGAGUAACUUGUCAAAAAUGGACAAUCCGGACUUCAGUGCUGAAACUCCAUCUUUGGACACGAAAUCUUUCUACUGUGAGUCCAUGAAGAGUGACCUCUCAAAAAUGGACAACCCAGACUUCAGCGCUGAGGCUGGAGCCACAGACACCAGAAAGAGGAAGAUUGGUGUUUGUGAUAAGGAGCAGCUGUCCAGCUGUUCUCUGUGUCAGGAGGUCCCGAAGGAUCCAGUCUCUACCAGAUGUGGACACUGGUUCUGCAGACGGUGCAUCACCUCAUACUGGGACCAGUCUGAUCCAUCAGGACUCUGCUCCUGUCCACAGUGUGGAGAGACUUCCAGAAGGAAAGUUAGACUACAAACCAUCAGUCAGACCAGAACGGUUCAAAAUAAUGGUCUACAAGAGCUCUUAGAUGAAAAUCAAGAAAGUAUAAGACAACGUUCUCAACAUGUGACUGAAGGAACAGAUGACACAGGAAGAAGAACUUCCCUCAAAAAAAUCUACACUGAGCUCUACAUUACAGAGGGACUGAAAGAAAAGGGUCAUACCCACCAUGAGACGAGACGACUGGAAAUGGUAUCCAAAUUCCUCCACGAUGUCCCUAUAAGAAACCAGGACAUCUUUAAGGUCCUAACUGACCAACAAAGAUCGAUCAGAGUGGUUCUGACCAGUGGAGUUGCUGGAGUUGGAAAGACCUUCUCGGUGCAGAAGUUCACUCUGGACUGGGCCGAGGGCUUGGAGAACCAAGACAUCAGUGCAGUGGUUCCUCUUUCAUUCAGGGAGAUGAACUUGAUCAGAGAUGAGCAGCACAGUCUUCUCACUCUCAUCCAAGUUUUCUAUCCAACCUUCCAGAAGAUCACAGCAGAGCAGCUGUCUGUCUGUAAACUUCUCUUCAUCUUUGAUGGUCUGGAUGAAAGCAGACUUUCUCUGGACUUCAACAACAGUCAGGUGGUGUCUGAUGUCACUCAGAAGUCAUCAAUCAAUGUUCUUCUGACAAACCUCAUCCAGGGACAUCUGCUUCCCUCAGCUCUGGUCUGGAUCACUUCCAGACCUGCAGCAGCCAAUCAGAUCCCUCCUUCAUGUGUCUCCAGGGUAACAGAAGUACGAGGCUUCACUGACUCCCAGAAGGAGGAGUACUUCAGGAGGAGGUUCAGUGAUGAAGAUCUGUCCAGCAGAGUCUUCUCCCACAUCAAGGCCUCCAAGAGUCUCUUCAUCAUGUGUGGAGUUCCAGUCUUCUGCUGGAUCACUGCUGUGGUUCUGGAGCACAUGAUGACCACAGAAAAGAUAGGAGACUUUCCCACCACCAUGACUGACAUGUACUCACACUUCCUGAUGGUCCAGACAAAGAGGAAGAAGAACAAAUACCAGCAGGAACAUGAAGAGAAUCCACAGGAGCUGACAGAGGCUGACAUGGACGUUCUCCUGAAGCUGGGGAGGCUGGCCUUUGAACAUCUGGAGAAAGGAAACAUCAUGUUCUACCAAGAAGACCUGGAGCAGUGUGGUCUGGAUGUCACAGAGGCCUCAGUGUACUCUGGAGUUUGUACCGAGAUCUUUAAAAGAGAGUGUGAGAUCUUCCAGAAACCAGUUUACUCUUUUGUCCAUCUGAGCGUUCAGGAGUUUCUGGCUGCAGUUUACAUGAUCCACUGUUACAACAACAAGAAGACAGAGGUGGUGGAGAAAUUUCUGGACAAUCCGAUAAAAACCUCAUCUCCACAAGAAAAUUACUUAACCAUCAAUGAGUUUUUGAGCACAAUCCUGGAGAAAUCUAUGCAGAAUCCAACAGGCUGUCUAGAUCUGUUUGUUCGCUUCCUUCAUGGCCUCUCUGUGGAGUCCAACCAUAGACUUUUGGGAGGUAUUUUGGGUCAGACAGAGAUGAAUCCUCAAGCUAUCCAAACAGUCAUUGACAAUCUCAAAGAAACGAAAACAUGUCACAUACAUCCUGAAAGGGGCAUCAACAUCUUCCACUGUCUGAUGGAGAUGAAGGAUCCCUCAGUUAAUCAAGAGAUCCAAGAGUUCCUCAAGUCAGACAAAACCUCACAAAACAUACUCCCAGAUAUCCACUGCUUUGCUUUCGUCCACAUGCUGCAGAUGUCAGACCAGGUUCUGGAAGAACUGGACCUAAACAAAUACAACACAUCACAUCAUGGUUAUCGGAGGCUGACUAUUGCUGUUAAGAACUGCAGAAAGUUUCGGCUAAAGUCAAGAUCCCUGGUCAAAAAAUCCAAAGAAUGCAAAAGACAUUUUAGUAUUGAACUCCCAGAUUUUGUCUGGGAUUUUGUGGCCUCAGCUCUCAAAUCCAACCCAUCGCAUCUGAUAGAACUGGACCUAAGCAAGAACAACCUGCAGGAUUCAGCUGUGAAAACGCUGUGUACUGGGCUGGAGAGUCCAAACUGCAGACUUCAGACUCUGAGGUUGGUGGACUGUCGUUUGUCAAAGACCAGCUGUGAUCUUCUGGCCUCAGCUCUGAAGUCCAACCCGUCCCACCUGACAGAACUGGAUGUGAGGAAGAACAACCUGCAGGAUUCAGACCUUCAGCAGCUCUCUGAACUGGUGAAGAGUCCAGACUACAAACUGGAGACUCUGAGGUGCCUCUGAUAGUGAAUGAGAGGAGAACUUGUUUGUCAACAGAUGUUCUGACUGGAGCGUGUUACUGAGAGAAGAAGAGGAAAGUGUUGGAGCCAGAGGAAGAGGACAUGACUAUUGCUUUGUUCACAUUUAAAUGGAAAAGUUAAACAUUGUUUUAUUUAUAUUUGUGAAGUGUUUUGUAACUAAGCAAUCUGGAGCAACAUCUUCGAAAAUUAUAUCAAACUUAACCUUAUAAUCUUUACAGUAGAAUGUAGUUUUCUUUUGAUGUAGUCUUUUUUCUUUAUCUUGUUUCAAGUUUUUUAUUUGUUUGCUAUGCUACUCCCAUUAUUUACAUUGAGUUCAACUGUUUAUUUGUAAAUAAUCUCUAAAAAGCUUUUCGACCGGA